AUGCCAGUUGUUUCGAGAAGAAAAGCCGACGGCUAUCGAAUUUUGAAACGCGAAUUUGGGAUUUUGACAACAGCUACAAUUUGGAAAGGGAAACGAAUUGAAAAAUUGAUGGAAGAGGUGGCUGAUUUGAAGGCGAAAGUACAUCAAAGGGAUGUGGUGAGUUCGGGGGGUACUGUAGGGAUUUGGCGCCAAAAUUUUAGAUCAACAUUUUUUGAAAUUCUCAAAUUAUCUAGUACAUCUGAAAAGUCUAGGGCCUCUUUUUUGAAUUCGAAAAUUUUCCCUCUAAAAUCCACGUGGCCAAUUUUUCAGGAUAUUCGAAGUAUCUAAUUUUGGAGCCAAAAUCCCAUGUCGCAAAUUUUUGGAAAAUUCUGAAAUUCGAAAUUUCAGGGGCCUAAAAUUAAAGAACUAUCAGUUUUGAAAAAUUCUUGAAAAAAAUUAAAAUGAAUUUUUUGAAACGUAAAAAAUUGUGUCAAAAAAAUUAACUUUUUCUAAAAAAAAAGCUUUUUUUUGAAACCAAAAAAAUCCACGUGGAAAAAUAUUUUUUUAAAAUUACUGUACCUGAUAAGUUAGGGUAACUUUGCCACGCGGAUAACUAGACAUUUCAAAAAAAAAAAGAAAAAAAAAGUUCGCCCCGGGCAAAACUCGAACUCGGGUCUUCUGAUCGCCAGCAAAACACUCUACCACUGAACCAGCCACGCUUUUUUGGAACAGCAUCGAAUUUCGUUGAAAAACUCGCGCGGUUUUCGAGCGAAGCGAGUGUAGACCGCAAGCUUCCGCGAAGCGGCAAAGUUACACUAUCUUUCUAGAUACCGAGCGCUUUGCGCGAGUGUAAACCGCAAGCUUCCGCGUAAGCGGCCCCGCGGAUAACUAGACAUUAAAAAAAAAGAAAAAAAAAAAGUUCGCCCCGAGCAAAAACCGAACUCUGGUCUCCUGAUCGCCAGCAAAACACUCUACCACUGAACCAGCCAUGCUUUUUUGGUGUAGCCUUGAAUUUCGUUGAAAAAACUCGCGCGGUUUUCGAGCGGAGCGAGUGUAGACCGCAAGCUUCCGCGAAGCGGCACUAUCUUCCGCGCAGCGGCAAAGUUACACUAACUUUCUAGAUACCGAGUGUAGACCGCAAGCUUCAAAAGUUACCCUAACUUUCCAAAAAAAAAACCAAAUUUUCAGAGUCGAGUCGGCCUCGAAAUCGAAAUCUGCCAACUGGAAUCCGAAGUGGAGCGACUGAAAUCUCUAGCCAAAGAUUGCGAGUUCUAUCGUGAAGCUCUUCAACAAGAAAAACACAAAUCCAAUUAUUUCGAGGCGAUGUUUCAUAAUUUGUAUCGAGAGCGAAGAAUUGAGGUGGAAGAAGAUCAGGAUUCUGAAGGUGAAGCUGGAGAAGAUCAAGAAGAAUCUGAAGAUCAAGAUCAAGCUUCAGAUUCUGAAGGUGAAGCUGAAGAAGAUCAAGACUCUACUCGAACCCUAGCCCGUGAAGAUCAGCUGAAUCGAGAAGAUUCUGAAAGUGAAGCUGCUAGACGUCUGACACUGGAAUUUCUUCACUGUCGAUGCUGUUUUCAGGAUCUUGAUUCUGACGAUGAUGAAGAUCAGGCUUCUGAAGGUGAAGCUGAACAUGAAGAUCAAGAUGAAUCUGAUGGUGAAGAAGAUCAAGAAGAUCAGGAGCGUAAUUCUGAUGGUCAAGCUGAAGAUCAACCGGAUCUAGAGGAUGAAAAAUCUGAAAGUGAAGUAGCUCGAAAUCGACGUCUACAAUAUGAAUAUCUUCGAUAUCGAUUCAGAUAUCCACAUCCAGAUCACGCUUCUACUUCUGAUGGUCGAGCUGGAGAUCAAGAGGGACCAUCUUCUUCGAAUUUUACACGAACUCUAGGCCAGGAACAUCAGAUGAAUCAUCAGGAAAUCGAAAUUCUUCGGGCUCGAUUCAGUGGUCGAGUAGAACAAGUUCAAGCCGAAUCGGAUCAUGAAGAUGAAGAUCAAGAUUCUGAAACUGGAAGUGAAGAAGAUCUAUCCAGCGAUGAAAAUUCUACAGAAUCUGAUUCAGAAUCAGAGCCAGAAGCCGAAGAAUCAGAAACCGAGCUGGAAAACUUCCAACGCUCAAUUUUCAAGCGGCGAAACAUCGGAAACAACGAGGGAGAUCUUGUGGAAGUGACUGGAAUUUCAGAUCAAGAUCCGAACACUUAUUUGGAAGUUCCGAAGAUUCGAAAUGUUGAUGAGGUCAAAGUGCAGAAGAAGAAUAAUCAGAAGCAUUAUUCUGAUGAUUUUUAUUAUGAGGAACUUUUUGGCGAUGAUGAUGAAGAUUAUGAUUCGGAUAAUUAUGAUGAUAGUUACGAAGGUUAUGAUCCACAUUGUGAGUUUUAAGCGGGGGAGUUAGAAUAACUUUGUGGCUAAGCUUGUAAAGUUAUCCUAUCUUUCUAAUGAAAUUAGCGUAACUUUGCCGCUGCGCGGAAGAUAGUGCCGCUUACGCGGAAGCUUGCGGUCUACACUCGCUUCGCUCGAAAACCGCGCGAGUUUUUCAACGAAAUUCAAGGCGCCUCCAAAAAAGGGAGGCUGGUUCAGCGGUAGAGUGUUUUGCUAGCGAUCAGAAGACCCGAGUUCGGGUUUUGCUCGGGGCGAACUUUUUUAAAAAUUUUUUUUCACGAUGUAAAGUUAUCCGCGGGGCCGCUUACGCGGAAGCUUGCGGUUUACACUCGCGCAAAGCGCUCGGAGUCUAGAAAGUUAGGAUAAUUUGCCGCUGCGCGGAAGAUAGUGCCGCUUACGCGGAAGCUUGCGGUCUACACUUUUUAUAUAUAUUUUUUCAGUUUAUCGCGGAGACAACGAAGGACCUCUACUUCCUCCAAACUAG